CUACUAUACGGUUUACGAGUAAAGUCCUAACUUUAUCAAGAGCAUUAUUAUUGUGAAUUGUGAUUAAUGUGAUUGUUAUUGAAUGCUGAUUUUAUUUUCCUUACAACACAAUUAGCAAUAAUUGAAUAACGUGUAAUAUUAAUUGAUCACCACUGAACAAAACAUGAACAAAUUCGUUUUGCCGGCGCUAUUCGUCUGUUUGGUUAUUGGCAACAACGUUAACUGGGGUGUCAGUGGAAUCGAAGGGGACACGGAUUUAAAUGAUUUACAAGACACCGUGAAAAAGAAGUUUGGCUCACUUGCUCCUGGUUUACCCAAUUUGGAUCAGUUUAAUGAGUCCAUACCUGCCUUAGACGAAGGUGAAAGAGUGUUGAAAGAAAAAUGUUUAAAAAAUAGCAAUUCCAACGACUCUUAUGAAAUGACUGUGGAGGCAAAGAAAGAUUUUGAAGUUUGUGUAAAAUCUCUAAUUGAUAUUGCAGAAAUAAAAAAAGAGAUUAAUGACGCCAAACCUAAAGGUGAUCUUGAUAUGGUAUUUAAGAAAUAUUGCAGAAAGUCACCAGAUUUUAAGGAUUGUGUUUUAAACUUUACAUCUACUAUUGAUGUAUGCUUGGACGAAGGUGAAAAAGAUAGCAAAAAAAUUCUUCAGAGUGUCACGGAAGCUUUAUUAUCAUUUGUGUGCCAUGAUGAGGGUGAUCGUAUAGCAUUAUUUUAUUCAGAGGGCGGUCCAGAUUGUAUAAUGGACAAAAAAGAAGCUAUACAACACUGUCUAAAUACAUCAUUUAGUAAGUAUAUGCCCAAUGGCGAACCAAGCUUAUCUAGCUUGCCAGCAUUCAAAUUUGAAGAAGAUCAAUGCAAGAGUAUGUCUGAGUUACAAGUGUGUGUAAUUGCUGAAUUAGAAAAAUGUGGUGAACCAACACCUGCUAACAUCAUCGAAUCAUUGUUCGAGUUUGUACGUCGAUCAACACCAUGCUCAAAAUUUCAGAGUGCUCAAACGCGUAAAAAAUCUUCAGGUGUUUCGUUACAUGCAACGAUCUCUAUUACAGCAUUAUGUAGUUUAACAAUCCUGUUAGGUCGAAUUGGAUUCUACUAAUGUUAGUAGUACUUACAGAAUAAUAUAACAAUUUUAAGUAAGGCUUAGAAUCAAAAUCCUUAAUACAUAUUAUAUAUUUAGAUCUAUGUUGAACUAAACUAAAUUUAUUUACUAUUUAUAAAUAUUAGACAGUAAUAUUUUUAUUUUUGAAUAUUUGAUUAAUGAAGAAUUAAGAUGAAUUAUUGAAGAAUACUCGGGCCCCCCCUUUUUUUACAUAUUUAAUCUAAGAAUAGUUAACUUGUACAAAUCAAUUUAAAUAGUAUACAAAUGUUGAUUAGUCAAUGUAUUUUUUUCAAAACUUUAAAUAUAAUUUAAAACUGUUCAAAUUGUAUAGUUAUAUACUAUAUGGUUUUUAGUUGUCAAUCAAUAUUUUUACAUAUUAAAAUGGUAUCAGAAAAUACAUGUAAUUAUGCCAAUAUAAAAUAAUAUAUUUUUUUAAUGAAAACAAUGUUAAAAUAUUUUGUAACAUUAUUUAGUUUUCAAAACCGUGGAUUAGUUAUUCUUAAUUAUUUAGAAGGUUGUAAUGGCCUACAACUUUUAUCUCAAACUGUUUGGUGUAAAUUAAUGGUCAAUAAGUUUUGGUGUAUAGAAUAAAAGUAUAACUUAUUUUGUACACACUAACAUAAGUGUGUAUAAGAAUUUUUUUAAUUGUAAUUUAUGUUUUUUAUGUUUACUAUUUAUUUUGUAUGUAUAACCCAAAAUAAAAAAUCAUCUACUAUUUAGUAUUACCAAUAUAAUA